AUCAGAAACAACGUCUAUGUUAACAAAACUGUUGUCAUGGAAGAUGGUAAAACGGGCAUUAACUAGCACACCACCAGUAACAAUGACAGACUAUUCCUCCUGGUCCAAAGAACAAUUAAUCGCUAAAUUAACUGAACUUGAAUCUUGCGCUGCUGGUGCACCAGCAAAGAAACAAAAGAAGCAAAAAGAAUUCGACUGGUCUAAAUACCAUACUCGUUUCGUAGCUAUACGGUUUGCCUACUUAGGAUGGAACUACAACGGUUUAGCUUACCAGAAGGAAGAAACACCAUUGCCAACUGUUGAAGGCACCAUAUUGGAUGCCUUGCACAAGGCAAAAUUGAUCAAAGAGCCUACGGUGGAUUGCUGUAAGUUCUCGAGAUGUGGAAGAACAGACAAGGGUGUAAGUGCUAUGAACCAGGUUAUAUCAUUAAAUGUUCGUUCAUCUUUAACUCCAGAGGAACAAGCGGAUUCCAGCAACGAUGUGAAAGAAGUGAAGUACGCUACGAUAUUGAACUCACUUUUGCCUCCAGACAUCAGAAUAACAGCCAUAAGUUUAAGACCGCCUCCUAAGUUUGAUGCUCGUUUCAGUUGUGAGUCACGUCACUACAAAUACUUGUUUCUUAAACAACAACUAGACAUUGAUGCGAUGAAUCAAGCUGCACAACUAUACGAAGGAACUCACGAUUUCCGAAACUUUUGUAAAGUCGAUGGAAGUAAACAAAUAUCUAGAUACGAAAGAGAUAUAUAUAGUGCCAAGAUAAUGCCGGUAGAUGGUAUACCAGACAUGUAUUGUUUUGACUUGAAAGGUUCGGCAUUUCUUUGGCAUCAAGUCAGAUGUAUGGUGGCUGUGUUGUUUCUUGUGGGACAAGGAUUGGAACCAGUUUCCAUUGUGUCUGAUUUGAUGGACGUUGACAAAUUCCCCACCAAGCCUCAAUUUGAAAUGGCCAACGAUGCUCCUUUAGUAUUGUAUGAUUGCACAUUCCCAGAAAUGGAAUGGUUGAGUCUUAGUGAUAUGCAAGCAUUGUACCAAUCGAAAUGGUCCUGGACCCUGUUCCAAGGAUUGGUAUAUGACCAUCAAAUAAAAGCUCAGAUGGCGCAAAUUAUGGACCAGAUUGUUUUGUCUGAUAAGGCUGCAAUUCAAACGCAUAACAAACAAAUGAUGAAUACCGGUGAUGGUGCCGGACGUGCCUUUGCAAGUUACAUUCCAAUUGUGGAUCGGGAACGUGGUGAGCAUUUUGAAGUUGCCAACGCCAAAUGGUUGGAAAGAAAGCUGAGAAAAAAGGAGGAGGAGGAGGAGGAACAGGUAGAUACUGUGUAAUAUUAAUUAGAUAUCCAAGAGGGUUCCCAAAAUUGUAAUUCGCCCUUGGAUCCUUGAUUAUCAACCCAAAGGAAUCCAUUCAUAAUCAUUUCUUCUAUAACUGUCUUGCAUCUUACCUUGUCCCAUCCGUAAUUAUCUCGUAAUAACCUGUAAGUGACAUAUCCACCCAUAAAUCCACAUAGUUCAUAUACUUUCUUCUCAUCUUGGGAAAUCCCAUCCCCAUUGGCAGAAGUAAACUUGAGCCAUUUCUUAUCAUUUAUGGUCAAAACUUGGUAUCCCUUUCCCAAUGUAUCCAACAUACCUAAUGCUUGUUCAAUGUCACCUUCGCUGACUUCAAUACUGAUAUUAUGGGUAUCCUGCAAGAUUGAUUUCAAUUCCUUAAGUGAGAUUAAUCCACCAUUAAGAUCUCGUGUCAGUUGACAAACUUCGACAAUUCGAACAGCCAAUGCCACAUGGAAAUUACUACUUUUUGUAUUCUUGGUUGUAGAUAGUAGCAAUUCUAAUGGAUCCAACCCAAUCAGUUGGGAUAUUUGUGUGAAUUUGUUUCUGAAUUCAGCAUUCAGCUUGAUCUCGUCACCAUGACUAUUGGCGAAGUUGACGAGGGCCGACUGGAAUACUGCUAGUUGUGUAGAGAGCUGAUCGGAAUGUCUUUGGAUAAGAGAUUUGCCUAGUUGAGAGUACGCGUCCCUAUUGUCAUUGUGAUUCAUAGUAUGUUGCCAGUGGU